ACUAAAAACUGUAUGUUUAAAUGAGCCUGAUUCUCUUAUCUCCCGCUGUUUGUUCAACUUUGUUGUUGAUAGUGAGUGUGAAGAAUCGAAGUAGAGGAGUUGGGAAGAGAUGGAAGCAAAAGGGUGGAUCUCAGGGGACGAGAGUGCGAAAGAGAUGCUGGGUAGGGUCUUAAGUAGAGCGCGUCCCUUCUUGCUUCUUCCUCCACUUCAUAGGGUUCCUCUACGCCCUCGUAAUGUUCUUGAGAUCGUCGGCCCUUCUCCUUCUGCCAAAACCCACCUCCUCAUUCAGGCUGCACUCACUUGCGUUCUUCCUGUAGACUGGAAUGGCGUCCACUAUGGAGGCUUCGAUGGCUUUGUUAUCUUCAUCGACUUGGAUUGCCGAUUUGACAUUUUCCGCUUUUCACACUUGCUCAAGCUUCGAUUAGCGUCUGGAUCAAUCAGUGAAAUAGAUAGGGAGCAAAACAACAGUACGAAAGAGAGAUCAAGUAUUGCUUAUGAUGAGGAAUUAUAUACUUUGUGCAUGAGACGUUUUUUGUAUGUCCGUUGUUAUGAUAGUUUUGAAUUUCUUGCCACUCUCAAGACAUUGCACUAUCGGAUUCAGAAGGAAAAAGCAUAUGGCACUUGUGUUCAUAUGCUCCUGAUUGACAGCAUUGGGGCUUUCCAUUGGAUAGAUCGUGCCUCAACAUGUUUGCCACUAAGGGGUAAUAACAGAAAAAGCCAUUCUAUUCAGACUGUGUUAGAAACUGUAGUUCAGGAGAUUAGAAAGCUUCUGCUGCUGCAUCCCAUGCUUGCCAUAGCUACAAAGGCAACGCUUUUCGGGAAUAGAGCCAUGAAUGAGGCCAAAUGCAGGAAUUUAAGAAAACCAGAUACUUCAAAUUCACAAAGUGGGGGCAUUACUGCUCUGCAACUUCCAUACCGCGAGUAUAUGCCUUCUGUCUGGCAGACCUUUGUUACACACAGGAUACUUCUACGACCAUCAGAUGAUCAUCUUGCCGUAAGUGAUGAUCAAAAUCACUCGGUCUAUUUUUCAGAAUGGCUGCUGCCAUCACUGAGUUUCCUCGACAAAUUUAUAGUGAAAGAGGCUGGUGUCUUCUUUGUUGCAUGAAGUGUGUGAAGACUAGUGGUGCAUUUUUGCUUCUUAUUUAUUGAUUGCUUCUAGGAUGCCAGGUUUUUUAGCGCCUGUAAAAUUAUGUUAUAAUUGGUUCUUUUGGAGGCAUCAGGUCCAAAUCUUACCAAGAAAGAACAAUUAUAAAAUCUCAUUGGCUCUGCAACUGGGAGUUUAUUGUUUUUAUUUAUUUUAUCGGUAUGAAAUUUCAAGAUAUCGGUGUAUCCCAAGGAUACAAAGGCCUCCAUUCAUCCAAAAUUCAUCGAGUAUGAGACUGGAAAUCGAAUUAUUGCCAUUCCAGGCCUACUGCUAUUCAAAUUAUUUAUAUAACACUGGAUUAAUUUAAAAGUAUUGGUGUUGUAAGUCUUAACUAACUGUAUGUUCCAUUGGAUGUAACAUAAAUUCCCUAGCGUUUGAGGUAGAUGAUUUGUUAUUUAUUUAUUUUUUCUCUCUUUAAAAAUGUGGGUUAGUUAAUAGGUUUA